AUUGUAAAAUGUAGUGAAUUAAAAUCAUUUUUGUGGAAUUAGACAUGACUUGCAUCACGAUAAUUGUCCUUAUGCUUGCUGCAACUGCUCUCCAUACGGCAUCAGCACAGUUAUUUUUAAAAGAAGGCAUCGAAUGUCAACGACUGAAGACGACAUUAUUACAAUGUGGCAACUACAGUAUUGAACUGAAACCGAAAAAAGAAUGGAGCGGAUAUAAUUAUUUCGUUCUGACACAAUGGCCUUUGCCAAAGGACACAGAUGAAUUGAACAUUCGAAAUGAAAAACAAAUGGCGGACAAUACUUUGGACUAUAAAUGGAGGAUUAAUAUUACUAAACUUGAAAAUUUCAGCGUUACUCAUAUAUUGUUUUCAACCAAGGGAAGUUUUGAUUACUUUGAAGAGAACCCAGACUUACGCACAGUUGAGUACAUCAGCGACGACAUUGUGACGUCAUUUUACUCGUCAUAUACUUCGAGAAAAAUAGGAAAACUAACAAGAGUUUUCAUUAAAAAUGGAAUAACUAUAAAAAUCACCAUAAACAUGUUGGACGACCGUAAAAUAUCAAAAUUUGCGAACGAUAGAUAUAUUGGCGUUCGCAAUUCAACUGAGCUUAGCUGUGUCCAGUGGCAGGAAAAAUGGACUUCGAAUGAUUGUGAAGUAGUAAACCACAAUUUAAGCAUUGUUACAUGUGAAUGUAAAUUUAACGACGUCACAAUGCCAAAAAUUGCCGCCAAAACUACCAUGGAAGCGUUGCCGCAUUCAAGAGCUUUAGUUCCACUGAACUUUGGAACCACUCUCAUAGCGACGUGUUUUUUUAUUGCUACGUUUCUCCUUCUACUGCGAUUUAGAAAAGCACUGAAAGACGGUAACAAGCGUUUCGAGAUACAAAUGAAUCUUACUACGUCAUUACUUUUGCGACAUACAUUUCUCACAGCGGGAGUCGGGGUCGCGCUUCUUGAUCCGCUCGAUAGAACGUUCUGCGAGGCAGCAGCAGCGCUACACUUGUACUUUCUGAUGACGUCUGUAUUGUGGGUACUUAUGGAAGGUGUAAUGAUAUACCGUAAAGUAUGCCAAUCAUCAUUAAACUUUCCUAAAAAGCAUUUAUGUAUAGCAGCAAGCCUUACCUGGGGAGUACCUUUGGUCCUGAUGACUGCAGUCGCCGCGCUUGAACUUUCAAAGGACAGAUUCAUCAAGGCUACUGAACCGUAUCGGGUGAUACAGGAAAGACUAAAAACCGCCCACAAUAAUUCGAACAUUAUUGAAUCUGAACUUUUGAAAUACAAGAAGUAUGAUUUUUGUUGGACGACAUCAGAGUUUGCAUCUUUUGCUUUGGGUAUUCCAGUUACAUUAUCCCUAUUUAUUAACACUGUCAUAUUAGUCUGGGUAGGAAUAGUAGUUUGGAAGAUAGGAUCCGCAGAUAGGAAGAAUCUGCCUUCCAGUUCCCCGAUCGGGGGACAGAGCAAGCCUCUUGCUACCAACAGACAGACAAUGGUUACAUUUCGUGCUGUGGUAAUUCUGACAGCUGUUUUGGGAAUUCCUUGGCUUUUUUCACUGUUAUACAACAUUGCUGAUGGAAUAGAGAAAAAAGAAUCUCUAGCCCCAUCUUUCGUUCAUUCUAUUUUUAUAUUUUUACAAGGUCCUUUAUUAUUUUAUCUUUAUUGCGUUCAAAAUCAAGAUUUUCGGCGAGUUUUCAGACGUAAAAUUGAGACUGAAAUAGCGAAGCGAAAUAUUUUAACUAAGAAGUCGACAAAUUCUAAUCCCUCUAUUGCACCGUGACAUUUUAUUAACAAAUUGAGUUCCUAUCAUUCCUUUGAAAUUUGCUUUUUGUGAAUAUAUAUCAUGAAGUGGACACAGUUUCGAUGCUGCUAAAGGCUUUUACUCGAUUGAGUGAAUUAAAAAAGUUCUCCAUGAUUACCUAUUAUGUUGCAAAUCGUAUAGCUUUUUUCUUAUAUUUAUAAUUUCAAAAAACCACAGUCAGUCCUAAAAAUUAAAAAAAAAUGUGAAUUUGGCCAGAAUGCCAUACAAUAGUUCAUAUUGAUUCUAUAGAUCUCAUUUUGUGUCAAUACGGACUUCAAGGAUUUCAAUAUAUUGAUAUUCUCAUCCACUGAUGGCAAAUAGUUACGCUGAAAUCUUCUCUUGCAUCUAUAAUGUAUGUACGCCCAAAUGAAUACCAAAGAUCAGGAAUAUUCAACUUAUUUCAUGUAAUGUCUUUCUACCUAUGUUUUAUUUUUAUCUUUUGUUUCAAAGAAGAUACUGGGCCUCUGAUUUUCAUGAUUGUGCUCUGCAUCAACUAUCCAGCAAGCUCAACUGAAAACGGUGCAGCUGUCAAAUAACGUUAAACUUCAUUUUGAAGUGUAGAAAAUUGUGUCGUUUAUUCCUUAUUGCACUGCUUAAAAAUUUAUCACUGUGAAAUUUAUUAUUCUUAAAGACUAGACCGGACCAGGGUUGUGCUGUAAGGACAUAAUUUGCAAUCAACUCCCGCCCGACUCGGGAUUGAGAACCAAUAUAUUUCGGGAAUAUCGAUUCCGAACUGCUGAUGUCAUAUUUUGUUGAUAAAAACUGGCGUGUGCUGGGGUAAGAACGUACAAAGAACACUGUACUCUGUAAGAACGUUUCGUCAACUCAUGUUUUCUUAGCUUCUGUAAGACAUUUAUAUUUUGAUUAUAUAUCACCAUUAAACUU